AUGAAGCCCAGCAAAGUCAGAUACGAAUGUAUUGACCCCGACGAAGUCGAGUGCCUGAACUGCUAUGUUCCCGGCGGCUACCACCCGGUCCAAAUCGGCGACGAAUUCCACAACAGACGGUAUGUGAUUGUCCAUAAACUCGGAUUCGGCCGGUCUGCCACAACCUGGCUGGCAGAAGACAGGCAGGACAGUCGUCGACUCGUCGCUCUCAAGAUCUCCACCGCGGAAUCAGCAGAGCGCACUGUGCAUGAGUCGCAAGUCUUGACACGGCUGGCACAGGCCAAAUCACAGCCUGGGGAUACUAUGGUACAGACCUUGUUCGAUUCUUUCUCCUUCUCAGGCCCGAAUGGCCGUCAUCAGUGUUUGGUCAUGGAUGCUGCGAGGGUCAAUAUCGAUGAAGCUAAAGAGGCAGCAUACCACCGACUGAUCCAUCUUCCGGCUGCGAGAGCUAUUAUCGCACAGCUUGUACUUGGUGUUCAUUUCAUUCAUUCUCAGGGAAUUGUCCAUGGUGAUCUCCAUCUUGGAAAUGUUCUCCUUCGCCUCUUGCCCAGCCUGCAGCGAAUGACCACCAAGCAUCUAUAUGACAAGAUCGGUGAACCUACAAAGGCGCCUGUGGCUCGCUGUGAUGGUGCACCUCUUGACUACGGGGUUCCCUCAGAACUCAUUAUCCCCCUUUGGCUCGGACUUGGAAGCGAUGAAAUCACUUUGAUCGAUUCUCCCAUAUUAAUAACCGAUUUCGGAGAAGCAUUUGAUCCCUCUGUCACCAAGACCUUCAGCUGUCAUACACCACACCUGCUUGCACCUCCGGAGGCCUUUUUCGCAGGGCCUGAGACGGACAGCCAUAUUUCCUUUCCAGCGGAUAUAUGGACCCUUGCAUGUAGUAUCUGGGAUGUUUUGGGAUCUGCUCCUCCUUUUGAAGUGUUUGUACCUGAUCUUGAUAGUGUCACAAGGGAACAUGUCGAGACGUUUGGUAAACUUCCCGACCGGUGGUGGAGGAAGUGGGCUAACCGCGAUAACUGGUUUGAUGAAGAUGGGAGCAAAAACGUCAAAGAAGAGCUAAGGCAGCUUUAUAGUAACAGCGCUAGGAAUUGGGAUCAACGAUUUCUGGCAUCCAUAAGAGGUACACGACAGCGGGCGAGCAGGGCCGAGGAGACGGACUUUGGAUUUUUGGAACAAGAUGAGGAGCGAGCAUUUGGUGAUAUGAUCCAGUCGAUGUUGGUUCUUGAGCCAGCACAGAGGGCUACGAUUGCGGAUGUAGUGAGAUGUGAGUGGAUGCAGCGAUGGUGGUUGCAUGAGCUGCAGAGGAUGGAGGACAAAGUGAAGAAGGAAAAAGCCUUAUUUCUACCUGGGAAUCCAUGA